UUCCUAAUUAAUCUUUAAAAACGAUGAAAUUCUAAAAAAUAUAUAUAUACGUUUUAUAUUUUUCAAAGAAUCUUAUUUCGAAUAUAUAUUAUUACAAAUGCUCGAUUUAAGUACUUUAAUUCGAUUUUCUUUGAUUUCGGACGAUGAAUUUAGAUUUCACAUUAUUUAUUAAUCUAUGGUGAAUAUGAGAAGAAAUAAGAAUAUUGUAUAUACAUAGAGAAAGAUAAUUUCAUUAUUAGUUCAAUAUGUUUUUAUCGAUCGCAUUUAGAUUUUUUUUUAACUCGAGUUGAGGACUGUCAGCGCCAUCUAUCGUGCUUUCUCUGAAGUUAUUUUUCUUCGUAAGAUGGUACCAAUCGUGUUACGUUUUAUAUACUUGCAAUUUUAAAAACAGUCGGUAAUAAUAUGAAAAAACUCGUAGAGGUAAUAAUAUGUAUAAAUUUAUAUAUAUGUGUAUAAUUAUAUCGUACUAUUUAAUUUUUUCUAUAUAAAAUAUUUCUCCUAAAUUCUUCUUUUUUUGUAUAUUCUAUCGCGAUAAUAUCUAUCUUAAUUUUUAAUAACGCAAACAUUUUGCGCUAUAUCUUUAUCAUUAGUAUCACGCCAUCUUACAUUUUAUGUGUCAUACUAUUGUAAACUAUACUCGUCAUUGACGUAAAUUUGUGGAAUUAUUCGUAGCCGGGUAUAAUUACGUAUAUUUUUUUGUCUUUUUUCUAUACGUUGAUUUCUAGCAUUUAUAAUACAUAAAUAUGGAUGGAGUCGGUAACUCUACAGAAGUUGAGAUUGGUGGGCCAAGAAAUAUGCAGCAGGCAGCAUCUAGCAAAAAACUGCAGCAAACACAAGCUGAGAUUAACGAAGUGGUGGGAAUAAUGAAAGUUAAUGUAGAGAGAGUAUUGGAGAGAGAUCAGAAAUUGUCGGAGCUUGAGAAUCGAGCCGAUGCAUUACAACAAGGUGCGACACAGUUUGAACAACAAGCUGGUAAACUUAAAAGAAAGUAUUGGUGGAAAAACCUUAAGAUGAUGAUCAUCAUUGGUAUUAUAUGUGUUGUGAUCUUGAUCAUUAUUAUAUACUCGGCUGUACCGAAUUCUUCAGAAUCUGAAAAUCCUUAAAUCCAGAAUCUUUAGAAUCUGUAAAUCUGGAGCCUGAUAAUGUUGUUUAAGGGUAAUAUAACUUAUCAUAUUUGUCGAGUAUUUGAAUAUUUGAAUUAUACUAUUAAUGAAGUUUAUCUGACAAGAAUAUGUACAGGUUAUAAUGAUAGAACAAAUUUCAAUGUAAAUCUAAUGUAUGAACUGGUUUAUAACAUAAUUCAGGGAUAAAAAUGAUACGCAUAUUUUUGAGACUUAAUCUAUAUGAUCGCACAAUUUGUAUAUUAAAUACAGUAUUAAUAUGGGUGGCCUUUUAUAAAAUAAUAUUGAUGUUAAAAGAUACUAAAGUGUUUUAUGUCGUUGCAAUGCUUAUUGUACGUUUAUCGAGGAUAUAUAAUAUAUAAUGUUUAUACUUU